GAUCCUGGUCCUGGUGGAAAAACCCGACCCCGCCCGUUGUCCCCGUUCCCCGCUGGACUGCGUGGGCGUCAUGCUUGCCAUGUCACUGCCGUGGAUUCCCCGCAGCACCGUCUGCCGGGCAUACUUCUGGCUGUGGAGCGUCUUCUGCGUGCACGUGGCCAUCUUCUACCAGUCGAAGAUGACAUCCUGAAGCGGCCACUCGACGGCCAUCAGAUUUCCACCGUCGCCGAGCUGCUCGAUUCGGGCAUGGUCAUCGGUUUUCCGGCCAACUUUGCCAUUCACCUCGAGCGACUGAACGGCUCUGCCGAGCGGAUCCUGCAGCGAAGGUUGGAGUGCACUUCCGAGACCUGCCUGGCCAUGGUUGGUGGGGCGAGACCCUUUGCCACCAUCGGGAAUCGCAUGUACCUCCGCUACGCGGCCGCCCACCAAACCGAACCGGCCUCCGUCUUCACGCUGGACGAAAUCGUCGCCAAGAGCUUCAUCCAGAUCGUCAUGCAGAAGGGACUCCCGCUCAGAGACCACAUCAACAAGAAAAUCCGAUCCCUCAUCGAGGCCGGCUACCUGGCGGCGGUGACGCGAAUCUUCCUGGCCCACACCCGGAACGCAACGCGACAGGUCGAGGACCACGUGGCGCAGGUGGUCCCGCUGCGGUUGAGCCACUUUCAGGGUGCGUACUUUGUGCUGGCCCUGGGCUGCGCCCUUGCCGCCGUCUGCUGCGGCGGAGAGAUUGCGAUUGGGAAGGUUCGGAAGAGGAUGCGAAGGGUGGUGGUUUAUCCGUUUGUGGUAUGA